AUGCAGCGCAUGUUGUCUCAGCCCUUCGCCCCCGUGGGUGUUGGAGGACUGACUGCACUGGACGGCUUUCAGGGAUUCGACCGCAGUAGGGAGCACUGUCCGUCUUCCAUGACAGAAGGCGCGAAGAGAAGGGAACAGCUGGGGCGUGUUCCAGCGUUGGUCACCAGGGUGAUGGUCGGAGGCGCUCAUCCUCAGCUUGUGUUCUCCCUCAAUCGAUGUGGGGAGUUGGAAGGCUUCCCAUCGCUGCUGAAGGAAAGCAUUGAGGCGAUUGUCAGGCGGAUGGGGCCGGGGGUACAGUCCAACGGAUUCUGCUCGACGUGGCGGAACAGUUUCUUAUUUCUUGUGGGAAAGCAGAAUUACCGCUCAGUGACGUGCGUAGGAGCCUUUCAGUGCUGCGUUUAUCACAGUUUUCUCUCUUCAGGUGAAACGUCCCUUCUGAAGAGUGUAGAAGGGGACGUUUGUGCACGGCAGUCUGAGGACGAGGAGGCGUCUCGCUGCGGUCCGCAGGAGGAGUGUCUGCCCGAGGAACCCACGCCGCCCGUCCCGGAGAAGAGUGUGGAAGAACUGGAGAUCCUGUGUGAGGGGUGCCAGCAGUCCCUCGAGGAGCCGGGAGAGACCGUGGGAAGUCAGGAGAUGAUGGAAGAGAAGGCCAUAGAAGAGCCCGGACAGUUUGGAAGCUCUGAGAGGAAAGAGCUCGACUGCCUGAGGGAGCAGCGUGUGUCAGAAAUCGAACAGUGUGCAGAGAUGCCAGCAUUCCUGACGGCGGGGAGGGAGUCCCCGAUGGCGGCAGAAGAGGAACCGACGGAACACCUGUCGCCGGAGCUGGGAGUCGCGCCACUCGAGCCCCAAUGUCUGGACUUAAGCGCCUGGGCCGUGCAGGGCACCGACGCUGAAGAUGCUCUUCCGGGCGGAGGCGAGAGCAGUGACAGCAUCGGAUCCGAAGAAGGCCAUUGGGAGAGCAAGGAGGGAACAGCCAAGCGGGACGUUCCUGCGCUUUGCGACCGAGACCCAGUCCCCAGUGAGAGAAACCAGCUAUCUGGAGAAUCAGCUGCUUUGCCGCUGCAAGCACCAGAGGGUCAGGCGUCUGUCGGAGAUGCAUUAAGUUCCCUUCGACGCCUGCUAGAAGAACAGGAACAGCAGAAGAGACAGAUGGAAGAAGACACGAAAGCUGCUGUGGCGAUGUUUGCGAGAGACCUGGCAGAGGUGAACAAGGCGGUGGCAGCCUUGUGCGUGAACCCAGAAAGCGGGAAGGUCCCGGAAGAGGGCCUGGGCUUCCCAGUGGAGGGAGUGCAGCAGCUCCAAAGGAACAUAAAGAAGCUCAAAGUCCAGAUAGAGCAGGACGAGAAGCAGCAGGUCCGGAUGCUGGGAAUGCUGCAGGAAAGCAAGCAGCAAGUACACUCGCUGGGGCAGACAGUGGAGACGCUGGAAAAGGACCUGAAAGAGUCCAAGAAGAACGUGGGGCGUGCGACUCGGGAGGCGGAGAAGUACAAAACAGAGAAGGAGAAGAUCAGCACAAAGACAGAAGAGCUGGAAAAAGAUCUCGGCAGCGUGAGGUCAGAGAAGGAGAAGCUGAGCAAAGACCUCCAAAGAGAGCGAAGGCGAGCCGCCGAAUUGGCAACGCUGAAGUCAUCUCUGGAGAAGGCGUUGGCCGAAAAAGAGCAGGAGAACGUUGUGCUGAGACAGAACUCGAAAGCCGUCGAGGAGGGCCUUCAAAGGCAACUGAAGGAGCUGAAGGAGAAACGGCCAGCCCCGUGUGAUCAGCAGGGGCCCUGGACAGCCACGGAGCAGAACGUUCUGAGGGGUCAAGUAGCUUGUCUGGCACAGGAGAAUGUUCAGCUGCGGCAAGGCCUGGCGCAGGCCCAAAAUCAGUGCGUUAUCUUAUGCUCUUCUGUGAGUGGCCUCGUUGACAAAGGAGAAGCUGGGAGGCAGACACUUGAGAGGAGGGAGAAAGAGAUCAGCAACCUGAAAACGCAGCUCACGCUGCAGGGGCAGCUGGUCUUUAAGCUGUCGCAGCUCGAGAGAGACCCCCAGGUUCUGAGGGAGCAGAAGGCAGAACUGGAGGAGAAGAUCGGAAGGCUGCAGGCCAGCUACAAAGUGCUGCAGAGGUCCACGAGGGACCGGGAGGAAGAGCUCAAAGCGGUAGAAGAGGAAAAAGGGUCCCUUGUUGACAAAGUCAACGCCUUGACUAUGAGGGAAACGGAGCUGCAGCGCGAAGUGCACGAGAUGACCCAGAAGAUGACGGCCCUGAAAGCAGAAUUCAGCGGGGAGAAACAUAGGCUGAGCGAAGAACUGAGCGGGAGGUCGAAAGCCCUGGAGCGGAGCGAAGGUCAAGUGAAGGAAUUGCUGCUAGAAAAGAGUGACUUGAGAAGGAGCUUGGAUCGCAUACAGCAAGAGCAGAUGGAAAAGGAAGAGAAAGCGAAAGAAGAACUAGCUGCUUCUCAGCGACAGCUUCAGGAAGCGGAAAAGAAACAUCACACUUUGCUUCUGGAUACCAACCAAGAGCAUGCACUGGAAAUCCAAACGUGUAGAGAGAAACUGACUUCUGCAGAAGAAUGUCUCCGCUCCCAGAAGGUGGAGAUAGACCUCUUGACGUCCAGGAAAGAACAACUCACGGAGUCUUUGAAUGAAAACGCUGAGCUUUUAAAGGAAUUGCUACAAACCAAGAUGCGCAAUCGAACAUGUAUAAUUCAGCUGAAAAAGGAAAAGGAACAGGCCCGGGGGAAAAUGGAGUCGUUGCUCAGACGCUGUAAGGUGCUGGCAGAGGAGAAGGAGGUGGUGCAGAAAAAGCUGUGUCACCUGGAAGAAGCUGCGCAAGAGAAGCAGAGAUCAGGUGCUGCUGUGGAUGCUCAUGUCGAUGAACUGAUGACCGAGGUGAAAGAACUGAAAGAGGCCCUUGAAGUAAAAAGCAAGGAGGCGGACGCACACUUGGCUAAGUACCGCUCCCUGCUGGUAAGCCACGAGAAGCUGGAGAGAGCCAAAGAGAUGCUGGAGACGCAAGUCGCCCUUCUGAGCACACAACAAUCUGCACCUCCUGUCCCGAUUUCUCCUGGGCUCAAGUCAGUGGACCCAGAGUCACCUCCAGUUCCUUCUGUUGCGGAAAAGCCGCCUCCAGUCCCUCAUGUUCCUGAACAGAAGGUACCAUCCGGCCAACGUAAAGCCUCCGGCAAAAGGCCACGGUCUAGCGGGAUUCUGGAGGAGGAGGAAGGAGGCGCGGCCCCUUCCACAGCAGACACGUUUCCUCCGAGAAGAAAGAGGGCGGCCCAAAGUGCUGUCCCCCCUGCCGAGGAUGCGGAAGCCAUUGAGUCUGAGCCCAAGGGAGUGCCGGAAGUGCUAAAGAAAGGGGUCGCCGAGACGCCAACGGGAAGGACAGGCAGGUACAUGCUGAGGAAAACAACCCUGAUGACCAGGAGCAGCGCCCGCCUCGCGGCCCAGAAGUCACCACCGUCCCUCCCAAAUGCUGACGAAGGACACCAGGCUGAGACGUCGAAGCCAACAGCUGGUGGCAGCAGGUCACAGAAGGUACGUCCUCUGAAUGAGCGUCUGCUGCUAGAAAGCCAGGCGACAAUGGGGUUCUCGGGGAGAGGGUGUGAACCCAGGCCCCUGCCGCGGGGGCUCCUGAACGUCUGUCAGUCCCUCCUCUCCACGAGGGACAGAGCGGUCCGCGGUGAGCAGCCCUGA